CCCCCUCUCCGCCGGCCAGUCCAAUGCCUCCCUCCGCCCUCCCCCUCCCGCUCCCCGCCGCCCUCCGCGGCGGCAGGCCGUCCGACGCCCGCCGCCGGGGACGCCUCGCCACCCUCGCCCUGGCCCUCCUCCUCGCCGCCCUCGCCCUCGCCGCCUACCUCUCCUCCCCCGGCGCCGCGCGCGCGCUCGCCGCCGCCGCGGAUGGCCGCUGCGGGGGAAUCCAGGGCCUCGAGCUCUGGGGCCCCGCGGUCAACUGGGGCUCCAACCACCGCCUGCCCUCCGCCGCCGCCUGCUGCGCCUCCUGCAGGGCCCACCGCCGCUGCGACUCCUGGGUCUUCUGCGGGGACCGCCGCAGGUGCGGCAACCGCUUCGGAGAGUGCUGGCUGAAGAAGCAGAACGAUGCCAUGGUCCCUUCUGUAAUCGCGAGGGGGGAGGAUGUCAUGUGGACCUCCGGCCUGGUCUUCGGGAAAUCAUCACAGGGAAUCGUGGGGCUGGAAACAAGUGCCGGCACGCUUCGCAUUCAAUUGCUGCCUGAUUGUGCACCCCAUUCUGUGGAUUACUUCAUCGAGCUAUUGCGCCUGCACAACUGCGCCGGAUGCAGAUUCUACCGCGCCGAAGGCCGUGGGCACCUGUGGGAUGCGAAAGGAGACCACGUAAAAAAUGCUGCAUUUGGUCCACCUUAUGCGUUGCUGCAAGGGACACUGGAAGUCGACGGCGUGGCCUUCAAGGAGAUGCCGAAAGAAGGGUGCUCGACCGUGAGAAGGGGGUCCGUGGCGUGGAUUGGGUCAGGGCCAGAGUUCCUGAUCAGCCUAGCUGACCACGCGGAGUGGAGAGACGCCUACACGGUGUUCGGGUCCGUGGUGCCGGAGGACAUGGCCAUCGCCGAGGAGAUGUCGAUGCUCCCCGCCAGCACAGACGUCUGGAGCGGUGUGACCGUCAGGCUGCUGAAGGACCCGGUGUAUAUCAAGGUGAAGAGAAGAAGCAAUGCGACUGCCUAUUGAGCUCGCCAGCGAUUUUGUUCUUCUUCUUCUUCUUCUUUCACAUGAUGUAGCAGUAGUGCCAAAAGAUAAGAACACAAAAUUACAUGUCCAAACAAAGAAAGAAAGAAAAUAGAGGAGGUUUGGAAGAGAACUGUUA